GCCAUUGGGAUGACUCUCUCUACACUGCCAAACUCUACCUUUGACCUGAGCCGUCGACUCGCACAAACCAGCUCCACCGGGAACCUCGAACCGUCUAGCGAGAAACAUCUCUUCAUCAGCUAUAUUUGCUGCCAUGGUCAACCAGUCUGCCGACGUCCCCGAUCACUCGAUUCGGAUCAGUAUCGAUAGGGGCGGUACUUUUACCGACGUCUUCGUAUCAUACCAAGAAUCGACCUCUUCAGGCUCGGACGACCGUAAAGAAUUCAUCCUCAAGCUCCUCUCGCAAGACCCGUCGAACUAUGCAGAUGCUCCGACCGAGGGAAUUCGGAGGGCAUUGGAGAAAAGGCUGGGACGACCCGUUCCGAGGGGACAACCUCUGCCUACUUCUAAGAUCGAUUUCGUAAGGCUCAGCACGACCGUGGCUACGAACGCGUUGUUGGAAAGGAAAGGCGAGAAGCACGCCUUGUUGAUCACCCGCGGGUUCAAAGACCUGUUGAGCAUCGGGAACCAGUCUAGACCCAGGAUCUUUGAUCUGAACAUCAAACGUCCGUCCCCCUUGUACGACCAGGCCGUCGAGGUCGAAGAGCGGGUCACUCUGGUCGGUUUCACUUCGGACCCUUGGCACCAGGAUCACGGCGUCGUCUUUGGCGAACAGGGCGAGGUCGUCAAGGGAUAUACCGGCGAAGGGUCGCAAAACGCAGAGUCGGGAAAGGUUCACGGUAGGAUCGUGAGAGGAGUCAGUGGGGAAGCCGUCGAGAUUCUCCAACCGCUCGACCUCGACCGUACCCGUGCCGACUUGGAGAGACUCUACGCCUCGGGAACCAGGUCGUUGGCGGUAGUGCUCGCCCACUCGUACACGUUUCCUGAACACGAACUCGCCAUCGGGAAGCUCGCCAAGGAAGUCGGGUUCCACCACGUCUCGCUCUCGUCCCAACUCUUGCCCAUGAUCAAGAUGGUCUCGCGGGGCGUGUCAUCCACCGCCGAUGCUUACCUUACGCCCGUCCUCGGCGAUUACCUGGAUGGAUUCUACUCGGGUUUUGAAGGUGGACGAGACGGAGGCCUGAAAGUAGAGUUCAUGGGCAGUGAUGGUGGGCUUUGCGACCUGGACAACUUUUCCGGGCUGAAGAGUAUCCUCUCUGGACCUGCCGGUGGGGUAGUCGGGUACGCGCUCACCAGCUGGGACAAGGAGAAUCCUUCGCCCGUCAUCGGGUUCGACGUCGGCGGCACUUCGACCGAUGUAUCGAGGUACGACGGGCGGUAUGAGAUUGUCUACGAGACCACUACAGCUGGGAUCAGCAUACAAAGUCCUCAACUCGACAUAAACACUGUCGCAGCGGGCGGUGGCUCUUGCCUGACUUUUAGAAACGGGAUGUUCUGCGCUGGACCUGAAAGCGCUGGUGCCCAUCCUGGUCCCGCUUGCUACCGCAAAGGCGGUCCUCUCGCCCUGACCGAUAGCAACCUUUUCCUCGGUCGUCUGGUUCCCAAGUACUUCCCUCGAUGCUUUGGGCCGAAAGAGGACGAAGCGCUCGACCCGGCUGCAUCGGAACGGGCAUUCGAGGACUUGCUGCAGACGGUCCGCGCCGAGACUGGGUCGAACAUGACCUUGGAUGAGAUGGUAUACGGCUUCGUAACGGUGGCAAACGAGACGAUGGCUCGACCGAUUCGAACUCUCACGGAAGCGCGAGGCUACGCCACCGCCAAGCACAUCCUAUCCUCCUUUGGUGGAGCCGGUGGUCAACACGCAUGUGAGAUCGCCGAGAUCUUGGGAAUCAAGCGUAUCCUCGUGCACAAGUACUCGUCUAUUCUCUCGGCUUAUGGUCUCAACCUGGCAGAACGGGUGCACGAGGUCCAGGAACCCAGCUCGGCGACGUACGAGCCGUCCACUGUCGGCAUUCUUACGAAAGCGCUGGAUCGUCUCGGGGCAAUCGUCACCAAGGAGCUUCAACGACAGGGCUUUUCUUCCGACAAAAUUCGCCUGGACAGAAUGUUGAACAUGCGUUUCGAUGGCACCGAUACGACGCUCCUCGUCUCGUGCGACAAUGACGAACAGUUUGGGAACGAGUUCAGAAAGGCAUACAAGGAGCAGUUCGGUUUUACGCUGGAGACCCCUAUCGUCAUCGACGACAUCAAGGUCAAGGGAAUCGGCAAGACCUUUGACGAUCUGGGCGAAUCGGUAUUUUCCGAAUUCAAGAGGCUCGAGCCGCGAAAAGUAACCUCGGACAAGGUCGACAGCCGGCAGUCGGUGUUCGUCUCGCCACCUGGAGCCAGCAAGGGUUCGCGGAUGGAUUUGCCCGUGUACGAACUCGGAUCGCUCGAAGUCGGUGAUGCGGUCGAUGGGCCAGCCUUGAUCAUCGAUGCGACGCAGACCGUCUUUGUCAACUCGUGAGUCGACCUUUCCUCGCCACACCUUUUUCUCACGCUGAUCGUGAACGCUCCAUACGCCCCAGCACAUGGACCGCCAAUGUCACUUCUCGUCAUCUGCUCAUCACCCGCGACUAGGCCGACUCGUCAUUGUAACCCAGACACACGAACACGCGCGAGCGGAAACGUUGUAACAAAAUCAUGUACCAUGAAAAGGAGCCAUGAAUUCCGGGUCUAUCGAUAAGCCAAGGCCCGAUGUGGCGGGCCGGUCUCGACCGGAAAAUGAUAGGAAAGGGUGGGGUUGGCUGGCCGCGCUAGCAAACGCCCCGGGGAUCGUCAGCCGAGAUCCAACUGACUCAAGGCCGACCCAGACCUUGAAAGCUUGUGUAUC